CAUGUCGAGGCCAACCGUCACCGUCGUCUCCGCCAAGGGCGAGGCCACCAAGGACACCGUCCCCGUGCCCAAUGUCUUCAAGGCACCCAUCCGCCCUGACAUCGUCCACGCGGUGCACACUGGCAUGAACAAGAACCGCCGCCAGCCAUACGCUGUCUCCGAGAAGGCUGGUCACCAAACUUCUGCUGAGUCCUGGGGUACUGGUCGCGCUGUCGCCCGUAUUCCCCGUGUCUCUGGUGGAGGUACUCACCGUGCUGGUCAGGCUGCUUUCGGUAACAUGUGCCGAUCCGGUCGCAUGUUCGCUCCCACCAAGGUCUGGCGCAAGUGGCACCAGAAGAUCAACCUGAACCAGAAGCGUUUCGCUACCGCGUCUGCGCUCGCUGCUUCAGGAAGCCCUGCUCUUCUCCUUGCCCGCGGUCACGCCAUCAGCACCGUCCCUGAGGUUCCCCUCGUUAUCUCAUCGACUGCUUUCGCCGAUGCCGCUAUCAAGAAGACCUCCGCUGCCGUCGCUCUGUUGAAGGCUGUCGGUGCUGGUGCCGAUGUCGAGAAGGCCAAGAACUCCCGCAAGCUCCGUGCUGGUAAGGGUAAGCUCCGUGGCCGCCGCCACAAGCAGCGCCGUGGUCCCUUGGUCAUCUACAACCCCGACGAGGAUGGCAAGGAGCUUGUCCUUGCUUUCCGCAACAUCCCAGGUGUUGAGACCUCAUCUGUCUACUCCCUGAACCUCCUCCAGCUCGCCCCCGGUGGCCACCUCGGUCGCUUCAUCGUCUGGACCUCAUCUGCUUUCAGCGCCCUUGACAAGGUCUACGGAUCCACCGCCGAGCCUUCCGCGCUCAAGAAGGACUACCUCCUCCCAUCAAGCAUGAUGAGCCAGCCCGACCUCAGCAAGAUCAUCAACUCCAGCGACGUCCAGAAGGUCCUCCGCCCCGUCCGUGGUGGAGCCGUCUCCAAGCGUGGUGUCGUACAAAAGAAGAACCCGCUCAAGAACUUCCAGGUGCAGCUCCGCCUCAACCCAUACGCUGCUACCUUCUCCAAGGAGAAGUUGGGCCAGAAGAAGCUCGAGGCUAGCAAGCCCGAGCCUGCUGCUGACACCUUCCUCGACCUCCUCCACGAGAACUAGAUGGUUGUUGAUUAGCGUUAUGAUUUCCUAAGGUGUUCUCUCUUCGGUUGGGAUGGACUGGAAUGAUGAAUAGCUAUGAAUAAAUGUAGCUCUUCAAAAGUGCCUCUGAGAAGGUUUCACUUCCACUUCCACUUAUGACCCCCUGAUGCUGCUCAUGCUUUGUAUUGAGUACAAUAUAUGUUCUUUCGUGU